AUGGGCGAGAACAAGCUGUUCGUGGGCUCUCUACCGCCCGACAUCACGAAGGAGGAGAUCGAGUUUGUCUUCAAGACGUACGGUGCGGUCACAGAUGUGCACGUCAUCGCUGGUGACAGAAAUCGAUCGCAAACAGGGCAAGCUUGCGCCUUCGUAAUGUACGAAAGCCGAGAGGCUGCCGAAACAGCCAUCCAGGCAUUGAACAGCGUCUACAAGAUUCGGGAAGAUGCCCCGAAUGCCAUCCAGGUUAACUGGGCGAGGUCGGGCAACAAAGGAAAGGAUGGAGGAAAAGGCGGUGGUGGUGGUGGCUGGAGCAACAACGGUUAUGGCAAGGGAGACGGGGGAAACUACGGUGGCUGCGGCGGCUAUGAUGGCGGAUGCGGUGGUGGAUUUGGUGGCUGUGGCAUGCAGCAGGGCGGCCUCGGCGAAUCUUGGGACAGCUGGGGCAAGGGCGGCGGGGGAGGUGGAGGAGGCUGUUGGGGAGGUAAAGGCGGUGGCGGCGGCGGCGGUUGGGACGAUGGCAAAGGUGGCAAAGGUGGCACCAGGCUCUUCGUAGGCAACUUGCCCCCGGACGUAACUGAUGAUCAGCUGCAGUAUGUCUUCAAGGCGUACGGCAACGUGCUCAAGACGUUCAUCAUGUCCGGGAAGUCCAAGAGUGGCCAAAACUGCGCCUUCGUAGAAUACGAGCUAUCCGACGAGGCAGAGACCGCAAUACAGACCUUGCACGAGAAGUAUGAGAUCAAGCCAGGUUCUGGCCCGAUCUUCGUGAAGCGAGCAAGGAAUAACCGGCCGGGCCCGUACUAA